CUCCGCUUCCGCUUCCGGGUGAGGCGGCCGUCAUGUCGGCGCUGGCGGCCAACCCCAACAAUCCCGUGGUGUUCUUCGAUGUCACCAUCGGCGGGCAGGAGGUCGGCCGCAUGAAGAUCGAGCUGUUUGCUGAUGUCGUGCCCAAAACCGCGGAGAACUUCAGUGCUGCCCGUGCAGCAUCCCGAUCACCGGGAGAGUCCACGUGGGCUGAAGGAGAAAGACCGCGGCCCUUCUCUGCUCUCUCUGUGGAGCUUCCGAUACGCUCAGUUCACAAAGGCAGCACUUUCAUGUCAUGGCAGUUUUGUACAGGUGAAUUCAGGAAAGACGGUGUCCCCAUAGGUUAUAAAGGAAGCACUUUCCACAGGGUAAUAAAGGAUUUCAUGAUCCAAGGAGGUGACUUUGUAAACGGCGAUGGCACUGGAGUAGCCAGUAUAUAUAGGGGGCCUUUUGCAGAUGAAAACUUCAAGCUGAAACACUCUGCUCCUGGCCUGCUUUCUAUGGCAAACAGUGGCCCAAGCACUAACGGGUGUCAGUUUUUCAUCACGUGCUCCAAGUGUGACUGGUUGGAUGGAAAACACGUUGUGUUCGGUAAAAUCGUUGAUGGGCUGUUGGUAAUGAGAAAAAUUGAAAAUGUGCCCACAGGACCGAAUAACAAACCCAAGCUGCCAGUUGUGAUCUCUCAGUGCGGGGAGAUGUAAAGCAGUGGAGUAGGAACGGGUGCUCCCUUGUGGGUGGAUUGGCCUUUGCCAGCUCCACGCAGCUCCAGCUCCAGCCAGUUCCCUUGCUGCUCCCGUCCUCCUCACAGACUCCUGAAAUCAUGAAAUAAUUGGCAUAUAUCAUUUUUUUUUUAAGUAUGUUCAAAUGUAAAUAAAGGAUUUUGUUACAUA